UUAGCCGUCCGGAAACAACGGCAGGUCUUCCGGAAGGAGACAGAAGGUCCGGAAGUAAACAUUCACGGUUUUUUGCAUUUAAGUCGGACGGUUUUGCAGUGGAGGCAGCCGAAGUGGCUUCCUUCUUCCUUUCUGUAGAGGGAGCCCCGUCAUCAUGUCGGCAGCAGCUGUGGACACAGCCAACGCUGCACCCCUGUCGGGGUCCAAAGAAAUGAAUUUAGAGGAACCAAAGAAGAUGACUAGAGAAGACUGGAGAAAGAAGAAAGAGCUAGAAGAGCAACGCAAAUUGGGCAAUGCUCCUGCAGAAGUUGAUGAAGAAGGAAAAGACAUCAAUCCUCAUAUUCCUCAGUAUAUUUCUUCAGUGCCAUGGUACAUUGAUCCAUCAAAAAGACCCACCUUAAAGCAUCAGAGACCACAGCCAGAAAAACAAAAGCAAUUCAGCUCAUCUGGCGAAUGGUACAAGAGAGGUGUAAAAGAGAAUUCCAUAACUACUAAGUACCGCAAAGGAGCGUGUGAGAAUUGUGGGGCCAUGACACACAAAAAGAAAGACUGCUUCGAGAGACCUAGGCGAGUUGGAGCCAAAUUCACAGGUAUUAACAUAGCUCCAGACGAACACAUCCAGCCUCAGCUGAUGUUUGACUAUGACGGGAAGAGAGAUCGGUGGAAUGGCUACAAUCCAGAAGAGCACAUGAAGAUCGUGGAGGAGUAUGCCAAAGUCGAUCUGGCGAAACGAACAUUGAAAGCACAGAAACUUCAAGAAGAAUUGGCUUCAGGAAAAUUAGUAGAACAAGCUAAUUCUCCAAAACACCAGUGGGGAGAAGAGGAACCAAACUCUCAGAUGGAAAAAGAUCACAAUAGCGAGGAUGAGGAUGAAGAUAAGUAUGCAGAUGACAUUGACAUGCCUGGACAGAAUUUUGACUCCAAGAGACGAAUCACUGUUCGGAACCUCAGGAUUCGAGAAGACAUUGCAAAAUAUUUGAGAAAUUUGGAUCCAAAUUCUGCCUACUAUGAUCCAAAAACUAGAGCAAUGAGAGAGAAUCCAUAUGCUAAUGCAGGGAAGAAUCCAGAUGAAGUGAGUUAUGCUGGAGAUAACUUCGUUAGAUACACAGGGGAUACUAUCUCAAUGGCUCAGACACAGUUGUUUGCUUGGGAAGCCUAUGACAGAGGAUCUGAAGUGCACCUGCAGGCAGAUCCUACCAAACUAGAGCUGCUGUAUAAGUCCUUCAAAGUCAAAAAAGAAGACUUCAAGGAACAACAGAAAGAGAGUAUCCUGGAAAAGUAUGGUGGCCAAGAACACUUGGAUACGCCUCCAGUUGAAUUGCUCUUAGCCCAGACUGAAGACUACGUGGAGUACUCGAGACAUGGCACAGUCAUUAAAGGCCAGGAGCGGGCCAUUGCCUGCUCCAAGUAUGAGGAAGAUGUGAAGAUCAACAAUCACACGCACAUCUGGGGAUCCUACUGGAAAGACGGCAAAUGGGGAUAUAGAUGCUGCCACUCAUUUUUCAAGUAUUCCUAUUGUACAGGGGAAGCUGGGAAGGAGACUCUGAAUUCAGAGGAAUGUAUUACAGAUGAUAUAAACGGAGAAGAAUCUAUGAAAAAACCUCAGACCCUCAUGGAGAUGCACCAAGAAAAACUAAAAGAAGAGAAAAAGAAGAAGAAAAAGAAGAAGAAGAAGCACCGAAAGAGCAGUUCAGAGAGUGAUGAUGAAGAAAAGAAACAUGAAAAACUGAAAAAGGCAUUGAAUGCAGAGGAGGCCCGCCUUCUUCAGGUCAAGGAGAUCAUGCAGGUUGAUGAGAGGAAGCGACCUUAUAAUAGCAUAUAUGAAGCUCGGGAGCCCACUGAGGAGGAAAUGGAGGCCUACAGGAUGAAACGCCAGAGGCCAGAUGACCCCAUGGCCUCCUUCCUUGGACAGUAGUCACCAGGACAGUGGAACUGGUGCGCUCUUCACCCGCCUGGUAACUGUAUGUAGAGGACUCCUUGCUCCCUAACUUUAAUAAAGCUUCAGCAGUCUCAAAGCAAAUUUAUUGUUUUCCACACUGAAGAAACAAAACUGAAGAAAACCAAAGAGGAAGCACAGUAAAUAUGGAUUGAGAUUAGAAACAGUCUAAUUUUACGUUAGUGCUGGGGAAACGUCUUGGUUGUCUGCCUAUCAAAAAUAUCUUCUACUCAACAGUUAAGUCUGUAUUUCCUCAGUUUUUGUAAACCUGUACUUAAUAGUAUUAUACACUAUGAAAGUAGAUUUGUUACUUUCUCAAAACUAGAACUUUUUUAAACUGCUAGAAAUUGCAGUAGUAAUUUAAUUAUAGUUGUUUUGUAAUCAUUUGUUUUAAAUGGUCUGAAAUAAAAAAUAAAUAUCCUAA